AAAACAGAGGUUAAACGACGGACCGUCCGUGUUUCCGGUCAACGAAACGUCACGCAGAAGAUAUCCCAGCAGCCUCUGCGCGAAGAAGGACAAGCCCGAAGAGGACACGGCUACCAGCGUCCCAAGUCUCGUAUAGACGUGUGUGUGAGGCUGAUUUAAAAAUGUCUGAGACCAUCGAAGAGAAGCUGAAGAACUACAGGACCGCUCCCUUUGACGCAAGAUUCCCCAACACCAACCAGACCCGCAACUGCUUCCAGAACUACCUGGACUACCACAGGUGCAACAAGGCCCUGGAUGCCAAAGGCCAGGAUCUGACUCCCUGUCAGUGGUACAUGAGGGUUUACAAGAGCAUCUGUCCCAUGAGCUGGGUUGCUAGAUGGGACGACCAGAUAGAAAAUGGAUCUUUCCCUGGGAAGAUCUGAACUCUCCAAACUGUUGAUGGAUCAGGACAGUCACCUGCAGGACAUUCUGUUACCUACACUUUUACCUCUGGAGUGUAAUGAUAUAUUCAACCGGUUAUCAACGUCAUUGAUGUAACUUAAACUAUAAACACGCACAAGUUUUUACCCUGCAAGUCCAAGGUCUGACGUUUGUUUUCAAUCCCUACUCCAGCGUCGAUAACAUCAAUAAAUAUUACACUGAUUUAAUUAAAAAGAUGAUGUUCAUCAAAUUUGAAUGUUUCGUUGUACUGAAUUUAAUUAUUGAUCUUUUCUGUAAACCAAAAAUUGUCCUUAAAUUUGUGACUUAUGUCAAGAAAUAGGCCGGGGUGUCCACCAGUGACGUUAAUAUUGUUAUGUACUGUUUAGGGCCAGGUAAAGUGGAAAUGUCUCAGGGCAAUAUCACACCAUGAAUUAAGUUCAUCUGUCAACUCACCCUGGGACUGUCCAAUAAACUCUUGAUAACACUAUAACAUGAA